UACAAGCAUCAAAAAGUAAAUAGUACUACGUUGUAGUAUUUGAUUUCCUAGCUUCUGACCAAUUUUACUCCAUCAAUUUCUUUUCUUGAACUAUGUCUAUGGCCACCCAUAGGAAACCUCCCAUGGCGGUCGCCACCUCGCCGCUCUUCGUCGCAUUUUUAUUGCUUGGCCUACACUCCACAGAGGCACAAAUUGGAGUAUGUUAUGGAAGAUUGGGAGACAACUUACCAUGCGCAGAAGAUGUGGUUAACCUCUACAAAUACUACAACAUAGGGGCAAUGAGACUCUACGAACCCGAUUUGCCGACACUCGAAGCCCUACAAGGAACCAACAUCCAACUCAUGUUAGGGGUCCGAAACCAAGACAUUCAAUGUAUCGGGUCGGACCAAUCGAACGCCGACGAUUGGGUCGGGACCAACGUCCUCCCAUACGCUACAACGAUCAAGUACAUAGCCGUCGGAAACGAGAUCAAACCGAACGAUAAGGAAGCCUCGUGGGUCGAACCAGCGAUGCAAAAUAUUUUGUGUGCACUAAAUGCGAACGAGUUAGGAACCCAAAUUAAGGUUUCCACGGCGAUUGAUACGGGCUUAAUACAAAAAUCGUAUCCACCGUCCUUGGCCGAAUUUAGUAACUUGACGUACAUUACACCGAUAAUCGAGUUUCUAACGACUAAUGAUUCACCAUUGUUGGUAAACAUUGAACCCUACAUUGCUUAUGUGAGUGAUCGUCGUUAUAUUAAACUUGAUUAUGCACUAUUCAAAAACCAUAGUAUUACUUUUAAUGAUACUUAUAAUGGGGUUAACCGAGGUUACAAGAAUUUAUUCGACGCGACAUAUGAUGCGGUGUAUAUAGCGUUACAAAAAGUCGUUACACCCCGUAACGAAAAGGACACGGAUUCAUUAUUGUAUGAUGUCAAACAGAAGAAGAACAACAUCAAGCCGCCCCGCCCGCCCGUGAACUCCGAGAGCGGGUGGCCGUCAAAGGGUGGAUUACAUCACCCCACAAUGAUGAAAAAUAAUGGUGGGAGAAUAAUGUCCGGCGGCGGCCAACAACUCCGCUAUCAGACGGCGGCGGCGGCGCCGCAAUCGGAGGAAAAACAUGAUGACGUGGCAACAGUUGAAAAUGCAAAGGCGUACUACACGAAUUUGAUCAAGCAUGUGAAGGAAGGGACACCAUUGACAAAAGGUCAAGAGAUUGAGUCAUACUUAUUUGCAAUGUUUGAUGAGGAUAAGAAAGCCGGGGAUGAUGAUUCGGAGCGGUUUUACGGGCUUUUUAUGCCCGAUCAACAACCUAAGUACGGCCAUCUCGCCUUUUAAUUUCUUGAAAGUAUAUUUUUUUUUUUCGCGAAUGAGCCACAAGGACAAAUGUAUAUGUAUUAUUUUUUUUAAAGCAUAUUUUAUUGCCAAUAUAAAUAACUAAUAAGGCUUAUCUUAAUGGUUA